GUUUAUGGAGUCGUCUGUUCAUUCCCUUCACUGCUCAGCUCGCGCGUACAUCCCCAGACCCGCGAGCAACCUCCUUGACUGGCAUAUAACAGACCCUCAGGGCCUUGUCAUUCCAUCAGCCUCGAGUUUAGCUACUAACUCCGUCUAACGCCUCGUGCGACUGCUUCCUGUGACAUCACAACCAGCGUUUUCCGAACCAGAUCCAUUAUCUCUAAUACAAAGAAUCCCCCCCUCGACAUCCAUUCUACUGAUUAAGAUCUGCGCAGAUGGGGUUGGAAGAGGAUCUGGCGAUAUCCCCAGUGACGUCAACAGCCAUCGGAGGGCUGGCAGGCGUCAUAGAGGUGCUGCUGCAGCAGCCGCUGGUGACGUGGAAAAACGCCGUCCAAGAUAUGAGACCAGUCCCGCUGCACCCCAGAUUGCUGUACCGCGGAGUCGCCGUUAACGCGGCGUCCAUCGCGCCAAUCAACGGAUUCCAGUUCGGCGCGAACACUUAUCUAGAAGAGUGGCUAGCGGCGAGGGGUCAGCUGAACGACACCACCCGGACGGGAGCGGCGACGGCGGCGGGUGCGCUGUCUGGGAUUAUAACGGGACCGGCGGAGCUGCUGAUGAUCCAGCAGCAGAAGUGGGGAGGAUCGCUGGGCUCUAGACUACGGGAUGUCGUUGGGGAGCACGGCGUCUUCGCCCUCGCUAGAGGAACGAAUCCUGCGGUAGUGAGAGAAGCGAUCUUCACCGGAGCGUACCUUGGGGUGAUCCCUGUGAUGACGGAGCACAUGGAGAAGGCGUGGCCGGUGUUCGCGGAGAGGCCCGUCGCGGCAAUGGCGACGGCGUCGGUGCUAGCGGGAGUGGGAGCAGCGGUGCUCACGCAGCCGUUUGACACCGUCAAGACGCGCAUGCAGGCCAAUCUCGCAGAUCCCAACUUCAGGUCUAUGAGCGGCACAUUUGCACGCAUGUGGAGAGAAGGAGGCAGCAAGACCCUGUUCAGAGGAAUCAUCCCUCGAGCCCAGCGAGUGACAUUCGCCGUCUUCAUCCUCAGCGAGGCCAAGGAGAGGCUCACAGAGAUGUACCUCAAGUUUCACCCGCUUCCAGCCUCCCUGGGUCACACAGCCAGUGAUGCCAACAGCAGCAUGUCACACAGCCAUGCUCGAGGGCCAGGGCACAUUGAUGCAGCUGCAGCUGCUGCAGUCGCUUACAGAGCAGCGGCUUGCGAGUCUGCGUCAGGAGAGGUUUGAGGGCAGCACGUGGAUUUUGAGCAGUCAAAUGCUUUGAGAGCGCCUGACGUAUAACGUGCUGCAGCUGUGGAGAUUUCUUCCUAAGCUCUUGUGCAUAUAUCGGAGAGUUUUGCCUCAUGGGGCCCACCAUCCAAUUUUGACUGAGUUGUCUUGAUUAUUCGUAUCUAUACAGAAUUUAUUACGCCAAUAAAAUGAAGAAUAGUUU